CCCAUAGCUCAUUUGAUCGGAGGGUUGAUACAGUAUUCCAAAUGAUCAGCAUCUCCACUCGCUCUCUCGGAGCCCGAUUCGCUCUCGUGGCCCUUCUCUUCUCCUCCUCUGUCUUCUGCCUCUGGAAAUCCCACUGGCUCCGUCGCCGCCGUCGCCUGUCCACCCUUUCGUUCGCAAGCCCUAACCCUAAACCUAACUUAACCGCAAAAAUCUUCUUCGCCUCGCAAACCGGCACUUCGGAGUCCCUUGCUCGCAGGCUCGCCGCCCGCCUCUCUGCCCACGGUCUUGCGGCCAACCUUGUUGACCCCCGACAUUACGAGCCAGAAGACCUGCCCAAGGAAACGUUCGUGCUCUUUGUAGUCUCCUCCUGGGAAGACGGUAAACCGCCGCCCAACGCCGCCUUCCUCGCCCAAUGGCUUGCCGAGAGUGCCGCCGACUUCCGUGUUGGAUCGCUGAUACUCUCCAGUUGCCAGUUCGCAGUCUUCGGGGUCGGUUCUCGAUCGUAUGGCUCGACCUUCAAUGCUGCCGCGCGGGACUUUGCGCGGUGGAUGAAGGAGCUUGGUGCUGCGGAGAUGAUGCCGCUGUGGGAUGGGGAUGUGGACGGAGGGGAGGUUGACAGGGAAUUCGAUCUGUGGAGUGAGGGAAUCAUGAAGUUGAUGAAGGGUGAAAUGAGCUUGGGUGAUGUAGCGGAGAGAGAUGAAGUUGAUGUGUUGGAAGAGGAUGUGGAGUAUGAUGAUGAGGAAGAGGAUGUUGAGGGUGCGGAGGAUGAUGUUGUUGAUUUGGAGGAUAUUGCUGGAAAAGCGCCGUCGAGAAAAAUGAAGGCGGAGCUGGUGAAUGGAAACGGUGUGAUCAAGGAAAUGGUUACACCAAUUAUUAGAAAUAACUUGGAGAAACAGGGAUACAAGAUUAUUGGUUCACAUAGUGGUGUUAAAAUUUGUAGAUGGACAAAGGCACAACUCCGAGGACGUGGGGGCUGCUACAAGCACUCAUUUUAUGGGAUUGAGAGUCAUAGGUGCAUGGAAGCAACCCCAAGCUUAGCAUGUGCAAAUAAGUGUGUUUUUUGUUGGAGGCAUCAUACUAAUCCUGUGGGAAAAGAAUGGCGGUGGAAGAUGGAUGAUCCUCUUGUUAUUGUGGAUGCUGCCAUCGACCAGCAUACUAAAAUGAUAAAGCAAAUGAAGGGUGUCCCAGGGGUGAAGGAACAGCAGUUUCUUGAAGGUCUAUCUCCCCGACACUGUGCUUUGUCUCUUGUCGGUGAACCAAUCAUGUAUCCGGAGAUAAAUAGACUAAUCGAGGAACUGCACCGCAGGCACAUUUCUACUUUUCUUGUUACAAAUGCCCAAUUUCCAGACAGAAUAAAGAUGUUAAAACCUAUUACCCAGUUAUAUGUGAGUGUUGAUGCAGCAACAAAGGAGAGCUUGAAGGCAGUUGAUAGACCACUUUUUGGAGACUUUUGGGAGCGCUUUGUUGAUUCUCUGAAAGCUUUGCAUGACAAACAACAGAGGACGGUUUACCGUCUAACUCUUGUUAAAGGAUGGAAUGCAGAAGAAGUAGACGCAUAUGCUAACUUGCUAGGCCUUGGAGAACCAGAUUUCAUUGAGAUCAAGGGUGUCACGUACUGUGGCUCAACUGCCACAUCAAAGUUGACAAUGGAGAAUGUUCCCUGGCAUUCUGAUGUUAAAGAGUUCUCUGAAACUUUGGCCAUCAAAAGCAAUGGCCUGUAUGAAGUAGCUUGUGAGCAUGUCCAUUCUUGCUGUGUUCUUCUGGCAAAAGUUGACAAGUUCAAAAUCAAUGGCCAGUGGCACACUUGGAUAGACUAUGAAAGGUUUCAUGAUCUAGUGGCUUCAGGAAAGCCCUUUGGAACUGAAGACUACAUGGCUGUCACACCAUCUUGGGCUGUCUAUGGUGCAGAGGAAGGUGGAUUUGAUCCAAAACAGUUCCGCUACAAAAAGGAGCGUCGCCAUGGACCUGCAGCCCUUAAAAACGAAAAAUUAUUAGGUGCGGAGCGUGCACCGUCCACACAAGCACUAGUUAUUUAG